AAGCAAAUAUUUUCAAUGGCAUCAUUGCUGGGCCCCCGUGCUCAAUGUCCAUGUGAACCCCGUGGUCUUCCUAUUUGCAAUACAAGAUCAAGCCUUUUACUAAAUUUCAACAUGGCACCCAAGACGAAAAAACCAGCAACCAAACCAGCCUCAGCUCCAGCACCUAAGGCUAAGGAAGUUAAAAAAGAGGAGAAAAAGACUGCACCACCUCCCAAAGUUGAUGCAGGAGUAGUGAAAGCUAAAGAAAAAGCACUUAAAGCAAAGAAGACAGUUGUUCGCGGUAAACAUGACAAAAGAAACCGCAAAAUAAGGACAUCUGUACAUUUCCGUCGUCCAAAAACCCUUAAGCUGCCCAGGGCUCCCAAAUAUCCACGCAAGAGUGUGAACAAGAGUAACAAACUUGAUCAGUAUGCAUUGAUUAAGUACCCCCUGACCACUGAGUCUGCCAUGAAAAAAAUUGAAGACAACAAUACUCUUGUAUUUAUUGUCGACAAGCGUGCUAACAAGCCCAUGAUAAAGAUGGCUGUCAAGAAACUGUACGAUAUUGAAGUAUCAAAGGUUAAUACAUUAAUUAGGCCUGAUUGUGAAAAGAAAGCCUAUGUGCACUUGGCUCCAGAUUAUGAUGCCUUAGAUGUUGCCAAUAAGAUUGGAAUCAUCUAAAGUGGAGUAUAACUGCAUUAAAAUUUGUUCUAAC